AUGAAGAAAAUAUUUUAUGCUUUCUAUGGGCUUGUUGUUAUAUUGUCCAUCACCACGAUUAUUCUUGUAGCAGUUACUCUGGGAAUAAUUAUCAAUCGUUUAGGUUCGAAUAAUGAUAGAUCCUUAUCAUUUGUUCGAGGAAUCAAAAGUGAUGAUCUGAUGAAACAUUUGAAACAGCUUCAAAUCAUCGCCGAUCAAAGUAAUGGCACACGAGCGAUAGGAACUCAAGGAUUCAACAGUACACUCGAUUAUAUAACUAGACAACUGAAAGAAAAUACAAAUUUCCUUCUUCAUUAUGAAUAUUUUCGAAUCCCGAAUAAUGUUGUUCAAGGAAUACCAGAGUUACAAUCAGAAAUCAAUGGUCUGAUUGAGCAUUACAAUUACCUAACAGAUUUUACUCAUGUUUUAUUUUCACCGAGUGGUUAUUUACCUUCUCCUAUUCGAUUAGUUUCAAUUCCAAAUCUUGGAUGCCAAGAUACGGACUGGUCUAGUGUACUAGUCGGAGAUUCAAUUGCUUUGGUCAAACGCGGCGAAUGUACAUUUCCAGAGAAGUCUCUCUUAGCAGAAAAAUAUCGUGCGAAAGGUUUAUUGAUUUACAACGACGGAGCAGCAUCAGAUCGUUUUCAAGCUUAUCGAAACGUGCGAAGUCACAUGAAUACGACGAUACCGAUUUAUUUUCUGUCAUACAAUCUUGGUAUGAAAUUCGUUACUGCUGCACUGGAGGCAAGUAAAAAUGCGAGUGUCAUCAUAAGAGUGAAUGUCACUCAUGCAGAAGGAAUUGGAAAUGUGUGCGCUGAUACUCCAACAGGUGAUUCAACAAAAACUAUUGUAGUUGGUGCUCAUAGUGAUGGAGUUCUCGAUGGAAGUGGAAUCAAUGAUAACGGUAGUGGUACGAUUGGUACUUUGGUUUUAGCACUUGCGUUAGGUCGUCUACUUGGUACAUCAUCAUCAUCAUCAUCAUCAAGUUACAGCCCAUAUCCAUAUCGUGUUCGUUUUUGUUGGUUGACAGCAGAAGAACUUGGCCUACUCGGUUCAAUUUAUCAUGUUGAAAAGGCUGCUUUAUCAGGAAAUCUACAAGAUUAUUUAGUCUAUUUUAACUAUGAUAUGUUAGCUUCUGCUAAUUUCAACUUUGGAAUUCUCGACAGCUUUGUAGUUCCACCCGGAACACCGUCAGAAGCACUACCAGGUACCACACGAAUUACCGCGUUAUUUCAACAAUGGUUCGAUGAAGAGAAACUCUUAUGGACGAGAUCGGGUAUCGGUGGUGGCAGUGACUUUGUUCCAUUUCUAGUUCAAGGUAUCGCGGCUGGUGGAGUUAAUACUGGAGCAAAUGGUAUUAAAACAUCCAUUGAACGCGACGACUAUACCAAAGUACUAGGAAUAGGCAAUGCUGGACUAGCGAAUGUUGCUUAUGAUUCAUGUUAUCAUCAACAAUGCGAUCGAAUAACUAAUGUUAAUCCGUUUGCCUACGAAAAAGUUGUACAGGCUGCUGCUUAUGCUAUUGAAUAUAUGGGACAAUUGAAUGAUUUAGAACAAUGGCUGUAUCCACAAGGUCGUGUGAAGAAUACUAAUCAACAACAGAGACAAUUUCCAAUCUAUAAUGAUCCUGAUCUUUUCUGA